AUCCAAUAUGGCAGCGCCCAUGAAAUGAGGAAAAGUUAUAAAAGUUUUCACUUUCAGUUGAAUAACCCUAUUCCUGAAGAGAGAAUUAGUAAUUUUUCAAGCCUUGAAAAUAGUGUGAAAUAUAACGCAUAUUACAUCCACUGAUUUUCGCUGAAAGGUCAUCCAGAAUGAGUCUCAGUUUGCUGAUACAGAGGAAUCUGCAAUGGCCAUAUAUUGCUGCUUUGUCAGGGGGUGUAGUUAUGUCAAUUUUGCCCCACACAAUGAUGAUGGAUCGAUACAGAGAAUUCUAUCAGCUGUAUAUAGGGGGCGCUGAAACUCCACUUGAUGCAGACACUAAAAAGCUUACAAAACAGGUUUGUAAAGAUAUAUUGGUACCUGAGCCAGGUUGUGAGUUCUUUGCCUGCUACGGCUUUGAACCUGUUCACAUGGGAUCAUUCAAACUCAUUAAAGGAUGCAUUGUUGGCCUACCAUUGAACUUCAAAUAUAAAACAAUGGAUGACAUUGACAGAGACAAGAUAUUUGUGAUGCAGAAAGAUAUGGAUCAUGACAAACCGCAGCCUCCUAAAUGGAACUCUGACGCAGGUGUUGCGCUGUUGGAUUCACUCGUUUUGAGCGAGAAUGCCAAGAAGUUUGCUAUUGCUCGAGAGUUGGAGUACUGUAAUUCACACUAUGUAUGGGUGAAUUCUGGACUUAUAUCCGCCUAUGGGUUCAUGGCGUACUGGAUGGGUUUUGCUACAAAUGUAAUGUUGAAUUUAAAAACCAGGCUCAAACCAUGGGCGAGAGGUGGACUCUAUUUAGCAUUUGGAGCAUCGGCGUACAGUCUAUAUCUAGUCUCCCAUGAUGCAUAUUCAUUUAGACAAGAUAAAAAAGUUGAUCGUAAAAUGGGCGAUGUAAGCUUACAAUAUGCUGUAGGGGGGCUAGAGUUCUACACAAAGGCCCUUCAACGAAAUCAAGCUAUAAGAACAAUGAUGGGAGAAGAAGGAGCAAAGAUUUUCAGAAAAAGUGGAAACAGAAACUUAUUCAUUAGAGCUCCAAAUGUACCUUUAACCAAGAGAAGGGACUUAAUGAUGGAGAUCUGUAUGGAAAAAAGUGCACCUUUGCCUGGCACUGGCACACCCAAGCCUGUUGAAGUGUAG